AGUGGAGCUAAGGUUUUAACUGCGUCAACAAUUAAACGUCAACAGUCAACAGUCAACAGUUUAGCAGGAGUUCAUUGAGUAAUCAAAGGAAUCUACAGUUCAACAUGCGCUACGCUUUCCUCGUUGCCUUCCUGUGCGUUUUCAUGUUCGCCAUUGCCUCGGCUGGAUUGCUAGGCGGUGGUAGUGGCGGCGGAUAUGGCGGCGGCGGCGGCGGUGGAUAUGGUGGUGGUGGUGGACAUGGCGGCGGUGCUGGAGGCGGUAAGGGAGGCGGCCAUGGAGGCUGGCAGAAGGGCGGCGGCGGCGGCGGCGGAGGUGGUGGCGGAGGCGGCUGGCAAAAGGGUGGCGGCGGCGGCGGUGGAUACGGUGGUGGUGGCGGCAGAUCCUUGGCCGGUAAUCGCGGAAGCUCCGCUUCCUGGCAAGGCAGCAACGGCGGCGGUGGCAAGCAUGGCGGCGGAGGCGGAGGCGGAGGCUAUGGUGGUGGCGGCGGUGGCGGUGGCAAGCAUGGCGGUGGCAAACACGGUGGAGGUGGCUGGUAAGCCUCCCAUCUAAGCCACACACAACGUAAGCUGCAAGACGAUGCGAAACAUAAAUACUCCGGCUGCUCCUCCGGUUGAAAUGUAUUCAACGGCAUAAACAUAGAACUAGAGGCAUCUCCCACAAGUGCUGCACCAUUUUUUUUUUUGCUAACAUUACUAGUUUCUCUCAAAGUUUCUCAAGUCUUUUCUUUUCCUCUACUGUAUAAUUUUACUAAUAAAAAUACGUUUAUUUUGCUAAA